GGCUGUACUGUUUCCAGAGUAAGACCGGAGCCGUACAACCCACUGCAGCCGCGGUAGGCUACUUCCGUUCCGCAGAGGGCGACAGGCACCAGCCAGCCUAGACUGUGGCGGAGGUCCAGACACAAUAGACUGGGUUCCGGCUCUUCUCCAAUCCAAACCGGUAUGUCGGAUGAGGAUUCCCGUGCAAGCACCAGCUCUUCUUCAUCGCCGCCUUCCUCCAGCCAAAACAGACAGAGGGACACACUUUGCAAAAAGAAACGGGAGAGCAAAGCCAGCAUGAGCAAGACCUCCAAGCUGCUUUCCACCAGCGCCAAAAGGAUUCAGAAAGAGCUGGCUGACAUUACACUGGACCCUCCGCCAAACUGCAGUGCUGGCCCUAAAGGAGAUAACAUCUAUGAGUGGAGGUCGACCAUCCUGGGACCACCAGGCUCCGUGUACGAGGGAGGCGUCUUCUUCCUGGACAUCGCCUUCACACCCGACUACCCCUUCAAACCCCCCAAGGUAACUUUUCGUACGAGGAUCUAUCACUGCAACAUCAACAGUCAGGGGGUGAUCUGUCUGGACAUCCUGAAGGACAACUGGAGCCCCGCCCUCACCAUCUCCAAGGUGCUGCUGUCCAUCUGCUCCCUGCUCACAGACUGUAACCCAGCCGACCCCCUGGUGGGAAGCAUCGCCACCCAGUACACGACUAACAGAGUGGAACAUGACCGAACAGCCAAACAGUGGACGAAACGAUACGCCACAUAAACCCACAGAGGACGGCAGUGGGGGGACGAGGAGGGGUGGGGGGCUCCGGGUGGUUUGUGUUGGGCGGGUUAUUUCUAUCUCAGAUUUUUAGUACUUUAUUGUCUGGUAUAUUUUUUUGCUUCCUGAUUAAGUUAUCUUCACAAAUAUGGUAAUAAAGGAACACAAUGGAAAGGAA